AUGGGGCCGCGGCUGGCACCGACGCUGCUGGCGCUGCUGGCGCUGCUGGCACCGCUGGCACGGCCGGCCCGGGCCGGCUGCCCCGAGCGGGAGCUGGAGCGCCGCGAGGAGGAGGCCAACGUGGUGCUGACGGGCACGGUGGAGGAGAUCAUGAACGUGGACCCGGUGCACCACACCUACUCGUGCAAGGUGCGGGUCUGGCGCUACCUGAAGGGCAAGGACAUCGUCACCCACGAGAUCCUGCUGGACGGGGGCAACAAGGUGGUGAUCGGGGGCUUCGGGGACCCCCUGAUCUGCGACAACCAGGUGGCCACGGGGGACACGCGCAUCUUCUUCGUCAACCCCGCGCCGCAGGCGCUGUGGCCGGCGCACCGCAACGAGCUCAUGCUCAACUCCAGCCUGAUGCGCAUCACCCUGCGCAACCUGGAGGAGGUGGAGCACUGCGUGGAAGAACAUAGGAAGCUUCUGGCCGACAAACCCAACAGUUACUUCACGCAGACGCCGCCGCCACCGCGGGAUGGGUGCCGGGGGAUGCUCUGUGGCUUCGGGGCCGUGUGCGAGCGCAGCCCCUCGGAGCCGGGCCAGGCCUCGUGCGUGUGCAAGAAGGGUCCCUGUGCCCCCGUGGUGGCCCCGGUGUGCGGCUCCGACCACUCCACCUACAGCAACGAGUGCGAGCUGGACAGGGCCCAGUGCAACCAGCAGAGGAGGAUCAAGGUGGUCAGCAAGGGACCCUGCGGCUCCAAGGACCCCUGUGCUGAGGUCACCUGCAGCUUUGGCAGCACGUGUGUCCCCUCCCCUGACGGCCAGGGCGCCCGGUGCGUGUGUCCCUCGUCGUGCAGCGGCGUCGCCGAGAGCCCCGUGUGCGGCAGCGACGGCCGCGACUACCGCAGCCAGUGCCACCUCAACAAGCACGCCUGUGACAAGCAGGAGAACGUCUUCAAGAAGUUCGAUGGCCCCUGUGACCCGUGCCAGGCCGUGCCGAGCGAGCCGGGCCGCGUGUGCCGGGUGAAUCCGCGGACACGGCGGGCGGAGCUGCUGCCCCGGCCCGAGGGCUGUCCCCCGGGCAGGGACCCCGUGUGCGGCGACGACGGCGUCACCUACGAGAGCGAGUGCGCCAUGGCCCGCUCGGGGGCCAUCCGCGGCAUGGACAUCCAGAAGGUGCGCUCGGGGCAGUGCCAGCCGCAGGACCAGUGCCCGGAGCCGUGCCGGCUGGGCGCCGUGUGCCUGAACCGGCGCGGGGCCGCGCGCUGCUCCUGCGAGCGCAUCGCCUGCGACGGCGCCUUCCGGCCCCUGUGCGCCCGCGACGGCCGCACCUACGGCAGCGACUGCCAGCGCCGGCGCGCCGAGUGCCUGCAGCAGCAGCACAUCCCCACCCGCCACAGCGGGCCCUGCGACCUGGGUGCUCCCAGCCCCUGCCUGAGCGUGGAGUGCUCCUUCGGGGCCACGUGCGUGGUGAAGAACCAGGAGGCCGUGUGCGAGUGCCAGCAGCAGUGCCAGGGCCGCUACGACCCCGUGUGCGGCACCGACCAGCGCAGCUACGGCAGCCCCUGCGAGCUGCAGGCCAUGGCCUGCCUGCUGCAGAGGGACAUCGGCGUCAAGCACAAGGGGCCCUGCGAGCCCUGCGGGAAGUGCCAGUUUGGUGCCAUCUGUGAGGCAGAGACGGGGCGCUGCGUGUGCCCCACCGAGUGCGUGCCCUCGGCGCAGCCCGUCUGCGGCACCGACGGCAACACCUACGGCAGCGAGUGCGAGCUGCACGUCAGGGCCUGCACCCAGCAGAAGGACAUCCUGGUGGCUGCCCAGGGCCACUGCAAGUCGUGUGGCAGCUCCGUGUGCUCCUUUGGCAGCCGCUGCGUGGCCGGGCAGUGCCUGUGCCCGCGCUGCCAGCGCCAGCCCCCGGCCCCCGUCUGCGGCACCGACGGCGUCACCUACGGCAGCCCCUGCCAGCUGCAGGAGGCCUCGUGCCAGCUGCAGAAGAGCAUCGAGGUGGCCAGGAUGGGACCUUGUGAGGACGAGUGUGGCUCAGGAGGCUCAGGCUCGGGGGAUGGCAGUGAGUGUGAGCAGGAGCGCUGCCGCCACUUCGGGGGCUGGUGGGACGAGGACGCCGAGGACGAGCCCUGCGUCUGUGACUUCACCUGCGUGGCCGUGCCCCGCAGCCCGGUGUGCGGCUCUGACGGCGUCACCUACGGCAACGAGUGCGAGCUGAAGAAGACGCGGUGUGAGAAGCGCCAGGAGCUCUUGGUCACCAGCCAGGGAGCCUGCCGGGCCCUGGCCACCACCCCGCCACCCCUGCUGGUCGUGCACUGCAGCCAGAGCGUCUACGGCUGCUGCCCCGACAACGUCACCCUGGCGCUGGGCGUGGGAGCUGCUGGAUGUCCCAGCACGUGCCAGUGCAACCCCUACGGCUCCUACGGUGGCUCCUGUGACCCGGGCACGGGGCAGUGCUCCUGCAAGCCCGGCGUGGGCGGCCUCAAGUGCGACCGCUGCGAGCCCGGCUUCUGGAACUUCCGCGGCAUCGUCACCGACGGCCGCAGCGGCUGCACCCCGUGCCACUGUGACCCUGUGGGCUCGGUGCGGGAUGACUGCGAGCAGAUGUCGGGGCUGUGCUCCUGCAGGACGGGCAUCACGGGCAUGAAGUGCACCCAGUGCUCCGACGGCAGCAGCCUGGGCACCACGGGCUGCCACAAGGACCCCUCAGCCCCCAGGUCGUGCAAGGAGCUGAGCUGUGACUUCGGGGCCUCGUGCGUGGAGCUGAACGGCUUCGCCCACUGCGAGUGCCCGUCCCCGCUGUGCCCCGAGGCCAACACCACCAAGGUAUGUGGCUCUGAUGGUGUCACCUACGGGGACCAGUGCCAGCUGCGGACCAUCGCCUGCAGGCAGGGCCAGCACAUCACGGUCAAGCAUGUGGGGCAGUGCCAUGAGUCCAUCACCCACACGAGCCCCCCGGUGCCCCCCACGCCGCUGCCCACGGUGCCCCCGGAGCUGCCCGCGCCCCCUGGGGCCACCCCGCGGUCCCCCCUGCCCACGGGGGCGGCCACCAGCCCGUCCCUGCCGCCAGCCAGGCCCACGGAGCGGGGCCACCCCACCACCAGGCGUGUGACAACGGCCAGGCCGGCCACCACCACGGCCUGGGUCACCCACGGCGUGCACAAGGCCACCAUCCGCCCGCUGGCCACUGUCCCCGUGGUGGCGGCCACCAGCCAGCCCGGCUACAGCGAGUCCGGCAGCGCCGAGGGCAGCGGGGACCAGGACAUGGGCGCCAGCGGGGACCAGGAGGCCAGCGGGGCAGGAUCUGCUGGCGAGGAGGAGCCUGACGAGGGCCAGGUGCCACCCACGCCUGCCAUCGAGAGGGCCACGUGCUACAACAGCGCCCUGGGCUGCUGCUCCGACGGCAAAACCGCAGCCGCCGACAGCGAGGGCACCAACUGCCCCGCCACCAAAGUGUUCCAAGGAGUGCUGAUCCUGGAGGAGGUGGAGGGCCAGGAGCUGUUCUACACCCCGGAGAUGGCCGACCCCAAAUCCGAGCUCUUCGGGGAGACGGCGCGGAGCAUCGAGAGCGCGCUGGACGAGCUGUUCCGGGGUUCUGAUGUCAGGAAGGAUUUCAGGAGCAUCCGAGUGCGGGACCUGGGCCAGAGCAGCGCCGUCAGGGUCAUCGUGGAGGCUCACUUUGACCCAGCCACGUCCUACACGGCCACUGAUGUCCAGGGGGCCCUGCUGAAGCAGCUCCGAGCUGCCAAGAGAAAAACCAUCCUGGUGAAGAGGCCCCAGCAGGAGCACAUCAAAUUCAUGGACUUUGACUGGAUCCCCCGGCUCUUCACCACCACCGUCACCACCACCACGGCCACCACCAUGGCCCCUGGCACCACACGCAGGGCGCCCGCGGCCACCGCGGCCCUGGGGCAGCACGGCGAGCCCGGGGGCAGCACCCACAGCCCCGGGGGCAGCACCCACAGCCCUGGCACCACCCGCAGCCCCGGGGGCAGCACCCACAGCCCCGGGGGCAGCACCACCCGCAGCCCUGGCAGCAGCAGGAGGAUGAAGCCCACCCAGCUGCCCCCUGGCACGGCCCUGGCACGGCCCUGCGAGUCCCAGCCCUGCCUGCACGGUGGCACCUGCCAGGACGACGGGCACCACUUCACCUGCAGCUGCCCCGCGGGCACAGGAGGGGCUCUCUGUGAGAAAUCCCCGGGCGGGUCCAUGCCCAGUUUCGGGGGCUCCUCGGUGCUGGCGUUCCGGACCAUGCGCGCCUACCACACGGUCAGGAUCUCCCUGGAGUUCCGCGCGCUGGAGCCCCGGGGGCUGCUCCUCUACAACGCCCAGCGCCACGGCAAGGACUUCAUCUCGCUGGCGCUGCUCGGGGGCUUCGUGGAGCUCAGGUUUGACACGGGCUCUGGCACGGGCACGGUCACCAGCCGCGUGCCGGUGGAGCCGGGGCGCUGGCACCGGCUGCUGGUGACACGGAACCGGCGCACGGGGACGCUGGCCGUGGACGGGGAGCCCCCAGUGAGCGGGCACAGCCCCCCGGGCACCGACGGGCUCAACCUGGACACCGAGCUCUUCAUCGGGGGAGUGCCCCACGAGCACAUGGAGCUGGUGGCGGAGCGCACGGGUGCCACGAGCGGCCUGCGGGGCUGCGUGCGGGCCCUGGCCAUCAACAACCGCGGGCACGAGCUGCACCAGGGCUCCAGCGACGUCCUGUACGCCACGGCCGUGGGCCAGUGUGGCACCGACCCCUGCCAGCCCAGCCCCUGCCACCACGGCGGCACCUGCCACGCCAGGGAGGACGACAUGUUCCACUGCCAGUGCCCCGAGGCCUACACGGGCCCCACGUGUGCCUUCGAGAGGAACCCGUGCGAGCCCUCUCCAUGCCACGCCUCUGCCACCUGCCUGGUGCUGCCCGCCGGGGGGGCCCUGUGCGCCUGCCCCGUGGGCCGUGAGGGGGACCUGUGCGAGCGAGUGACAGAGCAGGACCAGUCCGUGCCCUUCCUGCCCGAGUUCAACGGCUUCUCCUACCUGGAGCUCAACGGGCUGCAGAGCUUUGUGCCCGACCUGCAGGACAAGAUGUCCAUGGAGGUGGUGUUCCUGGCCAAGAAGCCCAGCGGGAUGAUCUUCUACAAUGGCCAGAAGACCGAUGGCAAAGGGGACUUUGUGUCCCUGGCACUGCACGAGGGCCACCUGGAGUACAGAUAUGACCUGGGCAAAGGGCCAGCCCUGCUCAGGAGCAAGGAGCCCGUGCCCCUGAACACGUGGGUCAGUGUCCUGCUGGAGAGGAGCGGCCGCAAGGGCGUCCUGAGGGUCAACAACGGCCACAGGGUGACAGGGGAGUCCCCGAAAUCCCGUAAGGUGCCUCACAUGGUGCUGAACCUGAAGGAGCCUUUCUACGUGGGGGGAGCCCCCAACUUCUCCAGGCUGGCCCGAGCAGCUGCCAUCUCCAGCGGCUUCGAGGGAGCUGUGCAGAGGAUCUCCGUGGGUGGCGUGCCCGUGCUGAAGGAGCAGAACAUCCGCAGUGCCAGGGAGGUGUCCCCGUUCCGGGGGCACCCCUGCACCCAGAAACCCAACCCGUGCCAGCACGGGGGCACCUGCAGCCCCAGCCUGGGCAGCUACCAGUGCUCCUGCCACAGGGGCUUCUCGGGGGCACACUGCGAGAAGGUGAUCAUCGAGAAGGCAGCCGGGGACACCGAGGCCGUGGCCUUCGAUGGCCGCACGUACCUGGAGUACCACAACAGCAUCACCAAGAGUCCCGAGGCGCUGGAUUUCCCCUCGGAGCCCAGUGAGAAGGCCCUGCAGUCCAACCACUUUGAGCUGAGCAUCAAGACGGAGGCGACGCAGGGGCUGCUGCUGUGGAGCGGGAAGGGGCUGGAGCGCUCGGAUUACAUCGCCCUGGCCAUCGUGGACGGCCGCGUGCAGCUCAGCUACGACCUGGGCUCCAAGGCCGUCACCCUGCGCUCCAGCGUGCCCGUCAACACCAACCAGUGGGUGCACAUCAGGGCCUCCAGGGUGCAGAGGGAAGGCUCCCUGCAGGUUGGGAACGAGGCCCCCAUCGCCGGCUCCUCGCCCCUCGGGGCCACCCAGCUGGACACGGACGGGGCGCUGUGGCUGGGGGGCCUGGACAAGCUGAGCGUGCCCCAGCGCCUGCCCAAGGCGUUCAGCACGGGUUUCGUGGGCUGCAUGCGGGACGUGCUCGUGGACCGGCGGGAGCUGCACCUGCUGGAGGAUGCCCUGAACCAGCCCCGGAUAUUGCACUGCUCGGCCAAAUGAGCCCAGGGACCUCCCUCCCGCCUCCCUCCUCCCUCCCUCCUGCCUAUUGCUGUAAUUAUUUUCUAUUUUUGUAAACUUAUUGCUUUUUAUAUUUUUGGGGGGGACAGGGAGGGCAGGAAACCCUUUUUGCUUUCGGGCUCUCGGCCCGAGCAGCGGAACAAAGCUCGAGAAGUGACACCAGAACUCUCCCACUGCAGCGUCGAUCUUCUUCAUACUUGAAGCUUCUUUUGUUUUGGGGUCGUUUUCCCCCUUUUUUCCUGGUGUUUUUGGGGGGUUUGUUCCCAAAACAACCCUGUUUUCCUGUGGGGGAAACGCUGCUGGUGCUGGCGAGGCCUUCACGGAUUUGCAGGGUGGGAAUUCCCACCCUGCUCCGGGCUCUGGCUCUUCCAAACCUUCUCCUGGCCCCGUGUUCACCUGAUUCCUGCUGCCCCCCGUUCCUCUCACUGUAAUUUAUGUGUGUAAGGAUCUCAAGUGCUUUUCUCCUCCGAGCUCUGCUCAAAUCAGGGAUGCCACGCACUGGAAGGGAGAGAGCCAGGCCCAAGCUUCGCUCUGCGCUCGCCUCGGGACUCUUUGCUGGACUCAGAGGUGCUGGGGAGGCAAAAAUGUGGAUUUUUCCAGCGGUUCUCCUCCUCCUCUUCCUCUUGGACACGUGCAGGAGCAGCUGUGAAACCUCAUUCCCACAUUUUGUGUUCAUCCAGACGCGUCCUGACCCCUCCCCGGCCACCGAGCCUUGGCCUCCCUCAUGCUGGGGAUCACUCGGAGCUCCUGUCCCAGAGCUGGGAAUUCUCUCCCUCUCCCAAGAGGACCAGGAGAUUCCCUGUCCCCUCCUCAGAGGUCUCCUGGAUGUGUCCUCCACGCCCCACAGCCUUCUCCAGCCUCUGGCUCCCAGCCUGGGAAUGCAGAGCUGCCACUGGAGCCUCUCCCACCAAGAAAAUUGGGAAUUUUUCACCUUGGACUUGGGAGUUUUUGGGUAUUCCACAUCCUCUGGAUGCUGCCAGCCCAGCAGGAACGGCUCCAACAGGAGCAGGAGCAGGGCUGGGGAGGAUUUGGGGGGAAUUUGAAGCAUUUUCUUCCAGGAAAGGAAAAUUUUGGGGCCAGUUGUGAAGUUUCUGGGGUGUGGCUGCACCUCUGGCUGCAGCUCGGGGUCUCCUGGAUGUGGAGAAGAACAGAUGGAUCCCAGCCCUGGAAGAAAUCCCAUCUUCCAUGGGAUUCCUUCUCCAUGGAAGGAUUUCCUGCCGCUUUGUGGCCUCUGUGUCCCUUCCCCACCCUCAGCUGGGAUUUCUCUGUGGAAAAACAACUUUGGGGAUUCAUCUGCAGGACCCCACCAGGUGCUGGGUGGGAGUUCCUGCCCAAGGUGCCGGAAUUUGGCUUUUUUUUCCCUAAAUUUCUACCCCGCCUUGCAGGGCACCCUUUGAAAUGGGAGUUUUGGCACCAACUUUUGAGCCAGGAAAGGUCAAAUUUCUUCUCUCAGGGUGAGCUCUGAACAAAGGUGGAACCAAGAGGGAAAACCAAUGGAAAAACCACUUGGAUCUGCUUUGAUUUAGUUUAUUUGAUUUUUAAAAAAAUAAAUAUUCCCAACCUGUGACAUUCCUGUGGAAAAUGCAGGGUUAAACAUUCCAUGGGGGGCUGUGCCCUGCAUGGGAUGGGGGCUCUGCUGUGCCUGGGGGGUUCCCUGAGUGCCAAAAUUCCCAUUUUUGGGGGCUGCUGGGUCCAAACUGGGAUUCCUGGUGGGAAAUGCUGGGCUGGGCUGGGCUGGGAGCCCCCCAGUCCCUAUUUUGGGAGUUUGGAGUGGCAUUCCCAGCUGGGCUGGUGUUCCAGCUCCACAGGGAUGGGGAAGCUGCUGAUUUCCAGGAUAAAGUCAAGAAAGAGCAAAAAAAAAACAAACCCCAAGAAUUGAACAAAAAUAAAUAUAAAAACUCAUUUUGCUUUUGCUGGGGCUUGGAAAUGCCUUAAACCGGGAUUUUGUGUCCUCAUGGGGGAGCAUUUGGAAUUUCCAGCAGCGCAUUCACCUGGGCUUUAUUUUUAUCAACAUUUCUACCACAGAACAUGCAAAAAAAUAACCAAAAAAAAAAAAAAGAGAAAAAGAGAACAUAAGGUUGGGGUUUUUUUUCUGGAUUUGAUUUUUUUUGGCUUUUUUUUUAAUUGAAACCCCUGAGGCGUCGAUGGAGAGGGUGAAUCCCUGCCUUGGGGAGCUGCUGGCUGAGCUGUGGCGGGCGAUGCGCAGUAGAGGAGCAGCAUGAUGUAACCAUUACUAACUCGUGUCUUUCGUCAAAUCACCCAGAAAUAAAGGUUGGAAACGAUUAAAGAGGUUUUUAA